ACGAAGAUGCCUCCCUACCGAAUGUAAAAAAAAUAUGCGAAAAGCAACAGACAUCAGACAGCACAAGACAGCAGCGUCCCUAGUCCCCUCCCGGCACCGGCCUCCCCCUACCUCCUUCCCACGCCAGGAGCCACGAGGCCACGACCACCCCCACGCCUGUCCUACGCGAAUCGCCCGCACCGGAAGCGAAAGCAAGGCAAGGUAGGAACGCAACGCAACGCAACGCAAGUGGACGAGGGCAUGGACUCCGAGCCGGCGGCGGCGGCGCGCAGCAAAAAGGAGCGCAGCGAUGCCAAGACGAAGAAGCGGCAGGGAGGCGGCGGAGGCGGCCCGCGUGGGCCCGGCGUGUCCCCGGCAGCGCCCCCCGAGGACGCCACCGGGAGCGGCGCGGCGGUGGCGGAGUGCGCGGCGGCGUGCUGCGUGCUGUGCGCCUGCCUCCCCGUGACCGUGCUCUGCUGCGUGGCGCGCGCCCCGCUCCGCGUCGCGCGCCGGUGCUGCGGCACGUGGAGGCCGCGGCGGCGGCGGCCCCGGCGGCGGCUCGCGCCGGGUGGGUCCUCGUCGUUCUCGGACGCCGAGGCCGGGGAGUUCCUGCAGGGCGGCGCCCGCGGGCGCGCAAUGGGGCGGGAGGGGACGCGGCCCUCGCCGCGUGUCGGCCGGACUGCCUCGCCGCCGGCGUCGGAUCGGGGGCGGAGGUAGCGCCAGUUUAGUCAGUUACUGACAUUUUUCUUUUUGUCACCGUCGUCUUCUGCUCUUUUUCUUUCCCCCUCUCCUCUGCGAUUUGCCGAUUUUGUUGUAAGUUGUAAACCAUAUCUAGAGGUGGAGAGCAUCUGCCAAGUAGGAGGAUGGGUAUGCCGCUGUUUCGGCGGUCUCUCCUCGCUCAUUUGCU